CUGGGCCGGCCGAGCCGCAGCCAGAGUCGCGGGUGCUGCGCGGGGCGCGCCGGGCCGGACGGGAGGCGGCAGCUGCAGAUUCGCAGUCCGCUGGUCUAUGGUUUUGUGAUCCCCUAGGAGAAGAUGGCACAGCCCAUACACCUGAACCAGAAUCUCCCAGAUUUAGGUGGCCCCUUCUUGUACAGAGAUCAGGACGAUGGGGAGAAGAGCUCCUACUCUGUGGAAACCCCCUAUGGCUUCCUGCUAGACCUCGAUUUUCUGAAAUAUGUCGAUGACAUUGAGAGUGGCCAAACUCUCAAGAAGGUGCCGAAGCACCGGAAAGUGAAAGGGCCCAAGCAGCAGCCCAGUUCCCUGAGAAGCCCCAGCGGCCACGCCAGUGGAUGGACCUCCACCGAGUCUCUGGCAUCCACGGCCAGCGAGGAUGGAAGGAACAUGCUCCUGUUAUCUCCACGCAUCAGAACGCAGUCUGGGUCCUCAGAAAUGAGAGAGCCCCUGAGCAAACAGGCUUCCAACCCUGUGUCUCCAACUCCAGUUAUAAAUCUCCUCCCACCUCCUGCCCCCAAAUCCCUCAUGCGAAAUCCCCGGGUGGAGAAAACCCUGCAAGAGACAAGUAGGAGGCUGGAGCUAGAGCAGCUCCAUUUGCUGAGUAGUGGAGAUGCCCAGAUGACUGGGCCACCCAGCAGUCCCUCUAAAACAUGGAUCUCCGUCUCCAGUACCACUUCUUUUCACCAGACCCGCUCCUCCUCUGCUGUCCCUUUGAAUGGAAAUGGGGACAGCCAAGCCACACCUGGCCCGUCUCUGAUGGGCUCUAUGAGAAUGAGCCCUUUGAAUUCCGGAAGGAGCACCCCGGCCACCAACAUCAGCCCAGCGCAUCUGCAGCAUGUGCGGGAGCAGAUGGCUGCUGCCCUCAAGCAACUCAAAGAGCUGGAGGAACAAGUUAAGACGAUCCCAGUCCUAGAAAUGAAAAUCUGCAAACUGAAGCGGGAGAAGGAGAAGCUGAUGGCGGGUUUGCAGGAGCAACCCCUGCCCGAAACGAGCGAGGCUUCUGUUUUCAGCUUUCCACCCAGGUCUCUCGGCGCAGAGGUUGCCAGGGCAAGCCAGGAGGCUCCUGCGGAACUGGAAAGGGAACUGGAGUCGGUGAAGGCUCGAGCAAGUAAAAUCACAGAGUUAAGGAGACUCACUGAGAAACUGUCUGCUUCGGACAGGAACGUGCGAGCCAGCAGGGCAGCUGCCCGCCCCGCAAAGGCCAUGGAGAAAGCGUGUAAGUCUGUAGGUGUGGGCGAGGGGGUGAACAUGAAUGAGGCCGUGUUCUACUACCGAUCUCAGAAGCCAUGCCAUGAGAUUGCCGUUGGCCAAGAGACUGAGACCAAGGACGCUGCAGUGUGGGUCGUGGAGUCCUUGUUAGGGCUUCCGACGGAAGCAGAGAAGGAAAUGGAGCUGCUGCAGCACACGAUUGGCCACCAGAGAGAGGUCAUCGCCAUGAUGGAAGGCCACUUGAAGGACGCGACUAAGGAGCUUGAGGAGUUAAGAGUAGAGGUUUGUUCCAGAAGGCCAAGAACUUUGAUAGAUAAGGAAAUAAUGGCCAAGCCUCAGAUGGUAGAAGCACAUGCAGAGGCUGCAGUACCAAUGCAGAGCCAGGGGGUGGGCAGCCACUUGGAAAUGAUCGAUAAGGGUGUGGAUUGCUCGCCAGAGAUGUUGUGCAUUGGAGUCAACUGCAAUUUGGAAAGUAGAGAAGUUGCUGUAGGUCCAGAUUCACCAGCCCUGUAUGAAGAGAAGGACACCCAAGCUGAUAUAGAGGCAGGAAUCGAUGCAGCAAUGGAAGAAACAGAUCAAGGUGUGGCUGGUGAUAAGUCUAAACAAACCCCCAAUGGUGCCGGAGAAGGUGGAAACCAGGUGGACGUUGCUGAGUCUGGCGUCGCCAGUGGCACUAAGACAGCCAUGCCUCAGGGAGGGACAGGGACAGUGGAAGUGGAGCAAGGGUCACGUUUAAUUCCCCAGGACUCCAGGAAAGGGGUGCACGAGUGUGUGAGUGCAACGCGGGAAAGGCCUCUGGAGAAGGACAGUAACGCUCCUCUGAGUCCUGGGGCUGGUGCCCUGAAGUCGAUCAUGAAGAAGCGAGACGGGUUUCCGAAGAGCGAGGCCGAGGGCGGGAGGAAGAGCCUGCAGUUCGUGGGGGUGCUGAAUGGGGAGUACGAGAGCACGUCCAGUGAGGAGGAGGAGGAGGAGGACAGUGAAGACAGCUCCUCUGAGAAGAUUUCACCCACCAGCUCUGACAGCGACGCGGAGGACGACGCAAACACCUGGGACGAGGAGAUCGGUGCGAACGUGGGUGAGACUGCUAGCGGCGUGGAGGGUCCUGAGCCGGGCACGGAGCAGAGGAAGAGAAACGGGGAGCAGGGGACAGAGAGUGCACCAGCUCUGGACCCUACCGAGGUGAAGGAGAAGUUUGAACUGAGCCCAAGGAUGAGAGAGGCCUGCAUGAUUGUGAAGCACCACCUCAGCCAUCCCAGUGCCGUGAAGAGCAAAGAGGUGCUGUCCAGUAGCAGCAUUCUCCUCCAGGAGUGGUUCCGAGUGUCCAGCCAGAAGUCCUCUGUCCCAGAGCUGGUUGCCAACCACCUCCUGGCCUUCGCGGAGGUCUCUCCGGGGAUGCUGGCCCACGUGGUCAAUCUCUCGGAUGGGAACGGUAACACAGCUCUCCACUACAGCGUCUCACACUCCAACUUCCAGAUCGUGCAGCUGCUCCUGGACACGGGGGUUUGCAACGUCGACCAUCAGAAUAAAGCCGGCUACACAGCCCUCAUGCUGGCAGCUCUGGCGUCGGUGGAGCACGAAGAUGACAUGAAUGUUGUCAGGAGACUUUUCAGCAUGGGAAACGUCAAUGCCAAGGCGAGCCAGGCUGGCCAGACGGCGCUGAUGCUGGCGGUCAGCCAUGGCAGGCAGGAGAUGGUUGAAGCCGUGCUGGCCUGCGGAGCCGACGUCAACCUGCAGGAUGAGGAGGGCUCCACAGCCCUGAUGUGCGCCUGCGAGCACGGGCGACUGGAGACCGUGAGGCUGCUCCUGGCCCAGCCAGCUUGUGACGUCUCCAUUGUGGAUAACGAUGGGAACAAUGCCGUGGCCAUCGCCCUGGAGGCCGGUCACAGCAACAUUGCAGUAUUGAUGUACGCCCACCUCAACAACUCCAAGGCACAGUCACCCCAGGGGACCCCACCGAUCGCCUUGAAGAGCUCUAGCAACCUAAUGAAGAAGCAUUAGAGCAACCUUCACAUCCCAGGCAGCUGGAUUCUCCAGGCACUCACUCCUCAUAGUCCUGAAAACGGAAACUCCCCCAUAUCUCAUCACAUUCAAGAACUCGAGCCCAGUCCAUAUUUUGUACCAUCCCCCAAGGUCCCAUGUGUUUAUAUUCCUGUCAAGUGUGACAGGCAUCUAUUCUCAGCCUAAUUAACCCAAUCUCCACUGAAGGGAAGCAGCUUGCACUAAUCUGUAUCACGGGGGCUGCUGUAGAGUGAAACAGAGGGUCACUUCCAGCAUUUCCUCUCUUCUCCCCACCUAGAUGCUCGUCCAGCUAAACCAGGCAAGUCUCCUACCCCGGGCAGCCAUGAGCACUGUUUAUAACAUCAGACCUAGAGCUGGUAGAAAAGUUGGGUUUCAUCAUGGAAAUUUUCAGCAAAAAUAGGAAAAAAUCAUCUGCAUCUAAAUUUUCCACAGAAAAUUUCUAUUUUUCAGUGGAAAUUUGAAUUCCAAAAUACCUGAGGCUGAAAACAAAACAGAAGGCCAAAAAUAAAACGUUUUUUGAUUGGGAAAUGCAGCUGCAGCUGUAGUUGCUCAGGUCCCAUUCUCCUCUCCGGGCUGUAUUGUUCUGCUGCUUUCUGAGACGUACACUCUGUCGUACCAAGAAUUCUUAUUUCACGUUUGAAACAUAACAACUGUUGGUGGUGGCUGGGCUGCUGGUCACUGCCCUGCACCCUGGCUCUGCCUUGCUCCCAGUUCCUGCAAGAUGUCUGACUGCCAUUCCUGGGUUUGUGCCCUUGCCAUGCAUAUGCAUAACUUCAUUAGCAUACUCCACACAUCUUUCCUUUAAAAAAAAAAAAAAAAAAACUACAAAUAAAACAAUACCCUCAUUGUUCAUACAAUGGUGAGACGUGAUUCUGCUGCUGCUCAGUAGCUUUCAAUGAGUCUUUUUUUUGUUUUUUUUUACCAUUGUGUCGUAAUGUGUUCUCACCUCCGCUGGGAGUCUUGGAACAGCAUCAGUUUCCUGUGGUCAUGGCGGUGUGUUUCCUAGAUAACCGACCCAGGUAUCCAAUGAUCUUGUGUCUGAUAGGUCCACAUCCCUUGUAGUCCCAGCAGGUGCCAUCACUUUGGUAUGUGUCAGUGUUGCUAUCAGGAUGUUCCUAGUUUGGUGUGUGGGUGGUUUUGCACUGUAUGUGGAGGUAGCUCAUCUGGGACGUUUAUCACCAGUACCAGUAAGAGAUGCUUAUGGCUCUGUCUCAACAAAAAUCCUUGUUUUGAUCUCGUGUGAUCUUGGAGCAACCAGACAAAUCACCUCAGCCUUAUCCCCCCCUGAACCAUUAUUCCAAAUGUUAACAGGUUCUCCAGGGCGUAGUUCCCUCGGGUGCACCGCGGUUUUGUCAUAAUAGCACAUUUUUAUGCCUUCAUCUUUCUCGUUCCUUCUGCACCUGUGCCUCUGUUCUUUAGCUGCACCCUGUUUGAUCUUAGGCUAAGGAAGUUGAUUUCGUACCUGACAUCAUAGCACAAGCUCUACAGGUGACUUACCACAUUCUAAACACUCUGAAAUUUCAUGCCCCAUUUUCAAGCCCAUUAUCCUGCAGGUAUUUAGAAGUUGUAUAUUCAAAUCAUAUGCAUCUGCACAAGGCUUGACGUCUCUGCUCACAAGUUGAGGUCCAUUGUCAGUCCUCACUACUUGUGAAAUCCCAAAUCUGGCAAAAGUCGCUUUGUGUUUCAGUAUGACCGGGUAGGAUGUGGCAUCCGUCAGUAUUUCUACCUCUGGGUAGUUUCAGUAUGCAUCUAAUAUAGCCACAUAGUCUCUGUCCAGUAGGGUAAAGGUAUCUGUUCCCACUGUGACCCAAACACCAGCUGACACAUCUAUAUGUAACAGUGAUUCUUUGGAUAUGGCUGGCCUAUGGGUUUGGCAUGUGGCACAGGUAUUUACCAUAUCAGUGAUGUCGUCAUUCAUGCCUGGCCAAUCGAGUGCUUCCCAUGCCCUUCUUUUGCAUGUCUCUCUAUCCAAGUUUGCUGUAUUCAUUUUCAUGCACUCUAGUCCACUUCCAUUCCACACCAUUAAGUAAUAGUUUUCUCGUAUUUUUUGUUGUAUCAGCCAGGUUAUCUAUGAAGUUGCCCAGCCAAGUCACCAAACCUAUAAACCUUUGUAAGUCUUUCGCUUGCUUUGGGUUUGGCAUCCUAAGGAUGCUUUUCCUAGAUCAGGCCUGACACCACUUUCUGACAAGAUUUCCCCUGUACAGAGAAGUUCUGUCUUCAUGAACUGGCCAUUUCCUUUGUUCAACUUCAAUCCUUUGUCCCUGGCAAGCUGCUGAAUAGUUGCAAGCCUUGCAUAGUGUUCCUGUUCUGUAGUGCCCCAGCUGAAAAUAUCAUUAUGUAACCUUGACACCUUCAGUGCCAUCCAGUAAACAUGCAUGGUUCUAUGGCAGAGGUGGGCAAACUACGGCCCGCGGGCCACAUCUGGCCCUGCCCUGCCCCACC